AUGCAGCAGGUCAUCAGUGUCUGGGUGCGGGACCCACGGAUACAAAAGAAUGACUUUUGGCAUGCCUACAUAGACUAUGAAAUUUGUUUACAUACCGACAGCGUGUGCUUCACCAAGAAGAUCUCAAGUGUGAGAAGGAGGUACAGUGAGUUUGUAUGGCUCAGACAGAAGCUUCAAGCUAAUUCAAUGCUAAUGACACAGCUACCAGAGCUGCCCCCAAAGAACCCCUUCUUUAGCCUGAACAAUGCCCAACAGAUCACUGAGCGUAUGAAAGGGUUACAGAAGUUUUUGGAACAGAUACUCCAGGACCCUCUGCUGUUGUCCGACAGUUGUCUGCAUCUGUUCCUGCAAUCACAGCUCAGCAUGUCCAAGAUACAGGCCUGUGCUGCUGGAAGGACCCACUACUCUGUGGCCCAGGCGGUCCAGCGCUGUGGCCUGAGGCGUUUCCACUCUGAAGAGGAUCUGCAGAAAGACCUCAGCAUGUCCUGUGACUCUGACUCAGACAGCUCAGAAUGCAGAAAUCCUGAGCCUGGGAAUAAAGAUUUGGCAAUAAACAAAGCAGACAGUACAGCUUCACUUGAUCUCAUGGGAUCCAGCCAGGAGGAAACACUCAGCUGCUCAUCUGGUUCUGCAUGAAAACAUUAUCAUCAUAUCACUGGCAGAUAUGUUUGGACCUGAGAGGAAGAAAUUUGCCUGUUACCAAGUCCUACAGCACUUUUGGCUACAUGAUUGCUCAUAAUUAUUUCACUUAUAAGUUAUAGCACAUUGUAUUCUCAAUAAGGCAUUUCAGUUUAAAACAUGUACAGUAAAUAGCAAUAAAAAUGUACCUAUUGUAUAUCCAUAUACAAGUGUUGUUUACAAAAAUGUGCCUGAAGAUGGCAGUGUUGUUACAUCCAUCUGUUUGUAUAUUCACUUAUCCCAUGAACAUAUGCUGUAACUGUCCAUAUUUACUUCAUAAACAAUCUUAACAGAAGCCUCACGACUUUUGGUCUUUCACAAGGUGUAUUUUGCCACAUAUGUGCAGAUAACAAUGCAAUAUCUUAAAGCAGUGACAGCCUAAU